AUGGCGCUCACUGUAACCUCGUCAUCUGCUCCGUCAGGCGGGACGGAGGCUGUGUACUGGAAUCUGCACGGCCACUCCGAGGACGUCUUGUGUGCCGCAGCGCAUGGCCGCGUGUGCGCCACCGGUGACGUUGACGGGGCGGUGUUGCUGUGGCGCUUUGCUGGAACAGUGCCAGAGCACGUCUGCUGCAUGAACACGGGAGGGCCUGCAGUAAUAGACGCGGCGUGGAGUGGCGCCACCGCGCUGCUGGUUGCUCAAGGGGACGGGUGCACCACAGUCUGGGAUGUCGAGAAGGGUGCACGGCUGCGUACCAUCUCUAGGUACGCCGUCAAGGGUCGGUGUGCGUGGCCGGUGGUAAACUGCGUGGCGGCGACGGCACGAGACUCUUUUGUGUUUGGCGGCGAUGACGGGUACCUUGUCACAGCGGACAAGCGAAGCGACAAGGUCGUGGUGGGUGCACACAUCGCCGUUCCCCUCAUAAGCGCCACAACUCUCGGUUUCUCUCUAUUUGUCGGAGACGUGUGCGGGACGCUGCACUGGUUCGACACCCGGGCGGGGUCGAAGGAGAUGGAGCGCAUUGUCUGUGGCUCUGCCGGGAUCACCAGUAUCAUAGCAGACCCUCUGCAAGAUCGGGUGGUAACGUACUCCAUGAGUGGGACGGCGCAGGUGAUUGAUACGCAGCCCUUUGCGUUGUCAUCGUCGGAUCGCCUGCUGGGUGCGACGGAGCUGGGCGUGAACGAGCGCCAGGUCCUGUUGCGUGGGGCAUGGGUGCCGCGUUCUGAUACUGUAGUAAUGCCAAGCAGCAAAGGCAAUGUCGUAUCCGUCUCCGCGAAUGACGUUGUGGGAGGUGCUACGCGGACGGUGCACGCAGGCCGCACUGGGUCGGCGAUGAACGUAAGUGUGUGCGUGGACGAUGAGUACGUAGUCUGCGGCGGCGAUGGUGGCGAGGUGGCGGUGUACCAGUGGUAG